GAUUAUUAAAAAUGCAAGUGCUUCCAUGCUACAACAAGAACACAGAUUCUUUUCCAACUUUUGAGAUAAAUCUGACUCAGCAGCCAUUGAAUUAUUCAGAGAGGUACAUCAUAAAGAACGAUAAUUCAUCUUAUAAGCUAAGUGAUUCUGAAGAAGAGAAGUCUCAAGAUUUUAUUUCAAAAGAGCUACAUGAACUUGAUAAUGAAGGAAUUGAUGAUCCAGACAUCUCUGAUGAGGUCAAAUAGCAAGAUUGCUCAAUUUGAUUCAGACCUUAGUGAUCUGUCAGAUAAAGCUUUAGCAGAGCUGAUAAAAGAAAGUUCACCAACUCCGGACAUUGAAAAUGCGAGAAUUCAAAAACUCGAAUAUAGAUACAAGGAAGUAUACGAAGGCCAGACAAUUUCAAGUCAUAAAGAUGAAGACCUAGUGGAGACUUUCUAUCGUAGACCACUUCGUCAUGGCUAUGGAAAAUAUUUUUACAAAUAAAGGCGCUAUUUACGAAGGACAAUGGAAUCUGAGUUAUAAAGAAGGCGCUGGAAGAAUGAUCUACCCUAAUAAAUCCUAUUACAUUGGUCAAUAUUUCAAAGGUAACAGGAAAGGAUUUGGAAAAGAAAUCAAAAGGGAUCAGCAAGGAGACCUUAUCGAGGUAUACAUUGGCAAUUGGAAGCAUGAUAAAUAGGCAUGGAAAAGGAACACUCUGGGACGCAAAUGGGUCCAUGUAUCAAGGUACUUUUAGGAAGAAUUUUUGUAAUGGAAAAGCCAUAUAUACUACAACUAAAGGAGGGCAGUUCAAAUGUAAUCUCGAUCAUGGGAAGCUUAUAUCAUAUUCUAUACUAGAUGACCCUGAUUAUUCAGUAAGUUAUGAGCCAAGUGAGAUUCAAUAAUCAAUCUUCAAUAUUUUAUGA